UCCCAUAUCAUCAAAGCAUCACCGUAUACAAGUCGUUUACCGUUGUAACAUUUUUGUUUGAGUAUUAAGUGUAUCUUGUUGUUUGUAAAAUAAAAUAAGUGUUUUCCAUAAUGAUUAUGUACUUGUCGCUAGCAUUAAUAACAGUAGCAUACGUUGUGUAUUGGAUUCUAACAAAACAUUAUGAUUAUUGGAAGAAGAGAAACAUUGUCGGACCUGAACCCAAAUUUAUAUUCGGGAACACCAAGGAGUUGGCGCUUCAAAAGAAGUUUAUUGGAACCAUCAUGAAAGAUAUUUACAAUCAAUUUCCCGAUGAGAAAGUUGUAGGGAUAUACAGAAUGAUCAGACCUUGUCUUCUAAUCCGAGAUUUGGAUAUCGUAAAGAAUAUUAUGAUAAAAGACUUCGACAUGUUUAUGAAUCGCGACUCUGGUUUGUCUGAAGAUGGACUCGGAGCAAACUUAUUCAGCACGGAUGGUAAUACUUGGAGAAUUCUGCGAACAAAAUUCACUCCGUUAUUUACGUCUGGAAAACUAAAAAAUAUGUUUCCUUUAAUAUCAGAGCGCGCAGACAGAUUGUUUGAGAGUCUUGAUAAUGUCAAUGAAAACUCAGAACAAGACAUACAAUUGAUUACCAAACAGUAUACGUUGUCAUCGAUCGCAGCCUGUGCCUUCGGUCUAGACAUCGACAUUCGAUCAAGUGACGAGCCAACACUGAAUCUCCUUCAUCGAAUGGAUAAACAAGUUUUUGAAGGCAAAUAUGGCAUCGAAUUCUUCAUGGCGAUUCCUGGCAUGUUGAAAGCACUUAACAGUGUUGUUUUCCCUGCUGAAAUAACAAAAUUUUUCUAUGAUCUUGUAAAAACAGUUUUUACUCAAAGGAACGGUGUACCAUCAAACAGGAAGGAUUUCAUGGAUCUUAUAUUAGAAAUGAAACAACAGAAAGUUAUUCGUGGUAACAAGCUCGUGGACGAUGAGGAGAUCUCUGUAGAGCUGACUGAUGACAUAAUUGCUGCACAAGCGUUUGUGUUUUACGUAGCUGGCUUCGAAACAUCGUCCGCUACUUUAUCCUUCUUACUAUAUGAACUUACCAAAAAUCCCGAAAUUCAAGAGAAACUAAUAAAUGAAGUGGAUGAAGCACUUGAAAAGUGUGGUGGGAAUGUAACGUAUGAUGUUUUAAUGGAUCUGCCGUACUUAACGAAGGUGAUCGACGAAACGCUUCGAAAGUAUCCUAUAGUAGAUCCGCUGCAGAGGUGUGCGGUGGAGGACUACAAGGUUCCAGGUACCGAUUUAACAAUUAAAAAAGGAGAGAUGGUGUUCGUGUCGGUAUCUGGGAUCCAUUACGAUGAGAAAUAUUACCCUAAUCCUGAGAAAUUCGAUCCGGAGAGAUUCUCGACUGAGAACUCUAGGGAUAGACACUCCUGCGCUUACAUACCGUUUGGAACUGGACCCAGAAAUUGUAUCGGAAUGCGGUUCGCCAAGGUGCAGUCCCGGAUGUUCAUGGUGAAAUUGCUGUCACAGUUCCGUGUUGAGGCCUCAGAAAAAACACCAAAGAACAUAAAGGCUGACCCCAAACGUGUUGUGUUGGGUCCAGAUCAACGCGUCAUACUGAAAAUAAUUCCUAGACAUAAGUAAAUAUUUAAUAGUGACAAUAGUUAAUUAAAUACAGAGACCAUGGGUCAUUGGUGGUUCAUAAUAGGGAGUAUGACACCUUGGAAUCGGAACAUCCGUAGACGUUCUGUCCUUGAAAGUGUUAACAUAAUAAAACAUAUAAUACCGGAUUCAUACUGCGUUACAAU